CACAUUCUUGAUUUCAUCACAUUCUUAUGUUAUUGUUAUAUUUUCGUUGAAACAGUCGCCAGCUUCACUCAACCAUUACAAUGAUAUAAAAGCCGAAAUUACCUGAAUUAAUUCAGUUUACGUUUACAACUGAACCUGUUAUAUCGAUUAAAAUGAUCUCCAAGGUUGCUGUUGUUUCAUUCCUUUUUGCCGCAGUCCAUGCAGGGUACUUGGGCUCCCCAGCAUACUCAACAUCUUAUGCUUCCAACCAUCUGGUCUCUCCUGGUGUUUCCCAUGAUUAUGCUGCACCAGUUCUUUCCCACGGGCACGGAGGCUAUGGUCUGUCCCAUGGGUAUGACCAAGACUACUAUGCUCACCCAAAAUAUCAGUUCGACUAUGGAGUAGCAGACCCCCACACUGGAGAUCACAAAUCACAACACGAAGUUCGUGAUGGUGAUGUAGUGAAGGGGUAUUACACCGUGGCUGAUCCAGAUGGUACCCUCCGUACCGUACACUACACUGCCGAUGACCAUAAUGGAUUCAACGCUGUUGUGGAAAAAUCUGGACAUGCUAGCCAUCCUCAAGUUUACGGUGGACAUGGUGGAUACUACCACUGAGUGUUCAAUGAUACUUUUGUUACCUUCAACUCAAUCUUGUGAUCUAUUUUAUGUACCUCAUAAUUUAAAUAAACUAUUCAUUUGUUUCA